GCGCUGCUGCGGGCACGGCGCUGCUGCUCGCCCGGCCAGGCCGCCAGCCCCCGCCCGCCGAGCCGAGCCUGCCGGAUCGAGCCGAGCCAUGGCGCCACUGGUGCUGUACCACUGGACGCAGUCCUUCUCCUCGCAGAAGGUGCGCUUGGCCAUAGCCGAGAAAGCGCUCCAGUGCGAGGAGCACGAUGUGAACCUGCCGCUGAGCGAGCACAACGAGCCGUGGUUCAUGCGCCUGAACGCCUCGGGAGAGGUGCCUGUGCUGAUCCACGGGGAGAACAUCAUCUGCGAGGCGACGCAGAUCAUCGAUUACCUUGAGGCCACCUUCGUAGAUGAGGAAGUACCAAGAUUAAUGCCAGAAGAGGGGAGCAUGUAUUAUCCGAGGGUGCAACACUACAGAGAGCUCUUGGACUCCUUGCCCAUGGAUGCCUACACGCAUGGCUGCAUCCUGCACCCCGAGCUGACAGUGGACUCCAUGAUUCCAGCCUAUGCCACCAGCAGAAUUCGUAGCCAAAUAAGCAACACGGAAUCAGAGCUGAGGAAACUUGCAGAAGAGAAUCCAGACCUUCAAGAUGCCUAUAUAGCAAAACAGAAGCGCCUUAAAUCUAAGCUGCUGGAUCAUGAUAAUAUAAAAUACCUAAAGAAAAUCCUGGAUGAACUGGAAAAAGUUUUGGAUCAGGUGGAGACUGAAUUGCAGCGGCGAAAUGAGGAAACCCCAGAAGAUGGGAAUCAGCCCUGGCUCUGCGGUGAUUUCUUCAGCCUGGCCGACGUGUCCCUCGCCGUCACCUUACACCGCCUCAAGUUUCUGGGGCUGGCAAGAAGAAACUGGGGGAAUGGGAAGCGACCCAACUUGGAAGCCUAUUACGAGCGUGUCCUGAAGAGAAAAGCCUUUUGCCAAGUGCUGGGGCACGUCAACAACAUCUUGAUCUCGGCUGUGCUGCCGACGGCGUUCCGCGUGGCCAAGAAGAGGGCUCCUAGGGUGCUGGGCACCACGCUGCUGGUCAGCCUGCUGGCAGGGGUGGGGUACUUGGCUUUCCUCUGCCUUCGUAAGAGGUUUCCCAACAUGAUGGUAUCCAUUAGAACCAGGCAAAGCUAUUUUUAGGCAUGUCCCUCCCUGGCUGUGAGUGGAAGACACCUCUGCUCUGCCAGGAAAUCAUCCCCUGUGAAAUACAGAAGUAGCAGCAAGUUAUCUCCAUCAGUUAGAACAUCAUCACCCAGGGAUUGCCACCUGCUGUUGUGUCACUGGAUUGACAACACUGAGAGACUUGGACAUACGUGCUAGAGGGACAGCAAGGGAAAGAAGAGGCCUUCUCUUAAGGCAAGGACUCUAAGGGCUGUGACAGUGCUUUGCUGAAGUGAUGAUUGUCUCCUUUCCCCAGCAGCUGACCUAAUUACCAUGCUUUUAUUUGAUAGCUGUGCAGCAGUGUGACAGCUCCUCACUGUGGGUGAAAUGCCUUGCUGUGCAAAAACCAGCCCAGCUCCAUCACUGAAACAGCACUGAGCUGAACUGCUCAGAGUAAGCUUUCAGUGGAAUGUAGGCCCUGUAUCUGUGAGUGAGCAUGUCUCUGCUGAUGAACGUCCACUGACUGCAGCUGGACCUUCAGGUAUCAACUAAAAAGUACUUUUGUGGACCUACAUUCCUUGGUGUGUGUUUGUGCGUGCGGGGAGAGACACAAAUCACGUGAACAUCAGUGAUCUGUGGGCUCCAGGGGGAUCAGCAGAGACAGCAGACUUCUGCUGAGAUAGAAACACAAGUGAAAAACCUGACACUGGAUGUUUGAAAGCCUGUUGGGUAGCCUUUGACCCAGCCAAAUGCCCAGCUCAGCUUCUUGUGCUUCUUAAGCAAAUCAUACAGAGGACGAGCAAUUACAGAGAAACCUGGGAUGUGUUUUCUCCAGUAACCCAAGGUGCCUAACAAUUGUUGUAGCUCCUUUUUGUUUUGGGGUAUCUGGCCCUUUUCAAUCUCUUGUAAGGUAUCCUCUGGAACGGACACUGCACCUGCUACCCACCAGGAUCCCAGGAAUUUAACCUCCUGGCUUGGGCCUUGACACUUCUCCUUUGGAAUAGUCAGUCCUUGGUCAGUCAAUAGCUUCCAAAUGUCCCUGCCCAUUCCAUGCCCAUGCCCUGCCUGAGUCAUGGAAUCACUAAAUUGUUUCGGUUGGAGAAGCCCUUUAAGGUCACUGAGUCCAACCAUUCUCUAACACUACCAUGGCUGGUGGCUAAACCACAGCCCUCAGCACCACAUCUCUGCCUCUCUGAAACACCACCAGGGUUGGGGAUUCAACCACCUUUCCAGUGGCUGAGAACUUUUUCAGGGAAGAAGUUUUCUCUAACGUCCAACCUUAACCUCCCCUGGGACAACUUGAGUCAAGCCAAACUCUCAUGUGCACAUUUCCUGCUUCCAUUCUGUCAGCUCCUUCCUAUUCUCUUGCAGGGAGCCUGAUGGCAGUUGUAUCCACCCGAGUAUCCCAUUUCCCCUCUGAGUACGAGCUGGUUUUUGCAGUCUGCUCAGCUAUUGCAGGUGCCUCUGUAAAAUGUUUGCCCACGAAGUGCCACAGCCAAGGAGUAAAGGUGGGCACAGCAACACAGUGUGUAAAAAGGACUGAAACUGGGUCACUCUUUCAUUCUGGUGACAGCCUGGACUGAAGGUGGAGCUGUAAUCCAACAUCUCUUUGCUUGGGACAGGUGUCAUUUGGUGGCAAGCAAAAAAUGCAGGUCACUUUGGAGGCAGGUGACCUGUGUUGCAGGUGUUUUGUGAAGCUGCACUCGUGUAGCUGGCAGGCAAUGUGCAGAAACCCACUUGGAUCUCUGCCUGCUGUGUAGGAGGUGCUGAGAGCUUUGUUAGGUUUGACUUGAGCUCCUGUCUCACAGUCAAAGGCACCUUGGUGGAGGCACCAUCCCUGGAGGUCUUCAGGAAGAGACUGGAUGAGGCACUUGGUGCCAUGGUCUAGUUGACUGGCUGGGGCUGGGGGAUAGGUUGGAUUGGAUGAUCUUGGAGGUCUCUUCCAACCUGGUUGAUUCUAUGGUUCUAUGAUUCACCUGGAGGAAGGCUGGAAAUGGUCCUGCAAAGAGACAGCAACUAGGAAAGGCUGAAAAUUCUCAUCCUUCAGCAAGACUUUGGUGAAUGUGGGAAAGCCUCAGGGUUUUGUUUACAAGCUGGAGAGAAUGGCAACAAACUUCAAGGGUUUGCCUACCAGCAUCCAGUGCCAUCAGGUCCAAGUGCAUUUCUGAUCCAGUGCUGGUGGCUGUGGUCUCUACACAAUUGCUGUGAGCUCCAAGAGUAUCCACUGCCAAGUCUGGUGGAGUGAGCUGAGGCAGUUUGGUGUGGUGCUUGUAAAGUUUCUUUGCAGUCUGGCUUAUUUCCUUUGCUCUGAUACCUCUGGACACUGCUGUGACUGAGAACACCAGCACUCUUUGGCUUUUCAGUUGCUGCUUGCUCUAUCACACCUCAGAUAUGUUUUGUCAGAUCUCUGUAUGUAGGACCUGCACAAUAAACACCACUUCCAAAA